CUCCGUGUUCCUGCGCUGGUCAAUCUCGUUGUCUCAUCCUCAAUCACAACCCCCGUUCUCCAAGACAAACACCGCAAACAUGAAGGCCGCCAUUGUCCUGUCCUUUGUUGCCGCCGCCAUGGCUGGCGUUAUUGAGCGAACCGACGGAUGCCACGCCGACAACUGCGCUCGUGCCGUCACCGGUACUCGUGAGGGUCUCCUGCCCAUCACCUCUCGCCAGGCCGACUGCUCCAGCUUCAUGCUGGCCACCGUCACCCCCGAGGCUACCACCACCACCAUCACCAUCACUGUUGACCCCGAGGUGACUCCCAAGAUCAAGCGCGCCGCCAACAACGGUUCUGCCGUCACCGUCUUCCCUACCUCCAUCCCUACCUACGCCGCUAAUUGCGACAGCGGUGCCGUCUACUCCUCUGCCUGCUCUUGCUGGGGCAUCACCGCUGCCACUACCACCGCCGCCACUCCUACCCAGACUGAGGUUAUCACCGUCACCGCCACCCAGUCUUACUGCGAGCUGUAAAUGGCCAAUGCCAGGGAUCGAUGGGAGGAUGAGAGAGCAAACGACAUGGUACUUUUGUCGUCUAGUUAAUUCAAUUGUGAGGCCUUGGUUUCGAGGCUACCAAGGGGGCAGGAGACAUUUCGAUACCGGGAUAGAGAAAGGCUUGCUGCGAAGAUUUUCCAAUGCCAGCUAUUACAGCCCUUGGCAUUUUAUGAAGGACAUGAAGGAAUACGAAGGGACGCAAAAUUAUUUAUUAAUAGCUUUCGUUUAGCGAGCAAGCAAAUACAAUUACUCACGUCCCAUUUUCUCGUUGCCAGAGUGCUGAUGUUGCAACAAAGGACGUUC